AUAUAUGCAAGGAUUAAGAAGUUGUGUGAUGUUGUGGGAACAGAGUGUGGACAAGUCAACCGACAGACUCGUAUCGUGGGUGGUCAGCCAACUGAGAUACACGAGUAUCCCUGGCAAGUGGCUCUCGUCAGUUCUUCCGGCUCAACACCAUUCUGUGGCGCCUCCAUCAUCAGUAACCAGUGGAUCCUCACUGCUGCUCACUGCGCUGCCGUCAUGACCACCAGCAACAUGGUGGUGAUCGGCGAGCACAAGUACACCAGCACUUCCGAGACGUCGGCCACAGAGCGCCUCAGUAUUGCUCAGAUAAUCGUGCACCCGAGCUACAACAGAAACACCUACGACAACGACAUUGCACUCCUGAAGCUAACAAAUCCCAUCACCUUCACCAGUGACAACAAGAUCGCCCCUGUCUGUUUCCCUACAUCAGGCGAACUUUACAGCAAUGUUGAUGCUACUGUGACUGGCUGGGGCACCCUUACCUCAGGCGGGUCACAGCCAAACACGCUGUAUGAGGUCACGGUACCCACCAUGACCAACGACAAGUGUAAAACCAAGUACAGCAGCUCAGGCAUAACUUCCAACAUGAUCUGUGCUGGCACAGACGCUGGUGGCAAGGACUCCUGCCAGGGUGACUCUGGUGGUCCCAUGGUCACUGCUGGGGACAGUAGCCAGAGGUUCAUGGUACAGAUCGGUGUAGUGUCUUGGGGCUACGGUUGUGCUGAUGCCGAUUACCCAGGAGUCUACGCCAGGGUCACAAACUACCUGACCUGGAUUGAGGCCAAGAUUGCUGGGUCGACCACCUGCCUACCACCUGCUGCCAGAGAAUAGGCGUCAAUUUCACCUCCUUUGGGGCCAACAUAGACAGGGGUGAACUCCACCCUCCCUGACUUUAGCACUUUAUUAACCCUUAGUCAUUGAAGUAACACCAUUAUAUGUUUCUGUUGCUCGUUUUCGCCAUGCAGAACUAUAACAUGUAGUUAAUAACUUCCUUUAAAAAUAAAUAAAGAUGAAGUGCA